GCAUCCGGUCUCUUUCCCACAUUCCUCGACCCUUCCCUCCUUUAGGUCACACACAGGCCGGCCCGUGGCCAGUUCUGCCUCUGCCCGGAAUGGGGUCGUCACGCCUGGAUGUCCUGUGAACUCUCUCUCAACUCUGGCCGAGGAGAAAGUCCCAUUUUCCCAACACGAGAAAGGCAAGAGAGACACCCCGCAAAGAACUGCAUGUAAAUCUGUGUGGGCUGCUGGUUCAUGAAAGCAUCCUAGAAACUCCAGCAAGCAGCCAGGGCCCAGAGCACCAUGGCAGUUUAUCUUCAGCCCUCGACAGACGGCAGCUGCCCUGCCAGUUAUUUCCUCCAAAAGCUCCACAAUUUAGUGGAGAGCAUAAAUCCUGAAGGCUCCCAGGACAAGCAGAGGGCCUCGAACCAGCGGCCUCGGAUCCGGUCUCCAGCCUUCACUCAGCAUGCCGCAAAAGUUCAGACAGACGUCGUUUCUCCUUGCUCGGAAGGGACCUCCAGAACUGGCAAGUCUGAAUCUGAGCUACUCCCGGAAGCCUCUCCUACAACCUGCACUUCACUUCUCCAAGAUGGCAGGACAAAGAAGCGGUCCUCAUUGCUGCCACCACCUCCUGCUGAUGCACAUCUGGAAUCGAUGGUGGUUCCCAGAAUAUCCCUUGAGGUCUGCAGGAACGAACUGGAUGAGCAACUGGAGGCGAUAGAGCAAGAGACUGAUGCCCUUGUGGCAUACUGGAACUCUUCAUCUUGGACAGAGGAUGUGGAUGAAACCAGCAGGAUCAGUAAGUGGUGCCAGAGUCACCCUCUGGAUCUUAAUGACGACUAUAUCCAUGAAGAUCCGAAUUAUGAUGAGGCGCAGGUGGAAAGGGAAGCUCUGCAAGACUAUGUGGCAGGGCUUGGCGAGCGAGAAGUAGCCGUGGCGGAGAGGCUGCCAGAAAGACUUCCCAGCCCUGCCAACGGCUUGGCUAAGAUGUGUCCAGACAGGCUAGCUAUUCUCAAGAAGCCGUUCGUUGCCCUGAGAAGGGUGGAUGUUGCUCGCAGAGCAGAGGAGGAAGCACAGGAGGAAUUGGCCAGCGCCUCCGACAUCAACUCUUCCAGUGAUGAUGAGGCCACAGGUCUACUGAGGAAGAGGCCCAAGAGGGACGCUGUCGGCCGCCAAACGGCUAGGCUGAAGAACCAAGCCCUCCGCAGCAGCCGCAACAAGGGUGGGCACCGCAGCAAGCUCAGCCAGAAGGAUUUCGCCGAAGGAAAGGCACCCAGGCACCACCCUAGCGUCCAUCGGCAGCCUGGGAUGGGUCCUCCCAGCAGGAGUUCGAGAGCCUCUCCCGCAUCCAGCGAGAAACGGACUGCCUCAAAAACCUACAAUUUCCGCUCUCAGAGCAAGAUUGUAAGGUAUGCUUCGGAGGAGGAGGAGGAAGAAGAAGAAGACGGAGAUUCUGAGGACCGGUGGUCGCCGGAUGGGAUAGACACCAGUGAUGGAGAGGAAGGAGAGGAAGCCGAAGGCGUGGCCAUGGAGGAGGCGCCUGCUAGCCGCACAGCCCAAGGGGGCCGUUCCAAAAAGGCCGCCCGUUGCUACCCGUGUCCGGAAUGCGGCCGGGAGUUCUCCAACAGCAGUAACAUGAGGAAGCAUCUCCGCAUCCACAAGGGGGAGCUCCCCUUCGGCUGCCAUGUUUGCGGCAAGGCCUACUCGGACCCCUCCAACCUGGCCAGGCACCAGAUGGCCCACACGGGCGAGCGCCCCCACCAGUGCCCCACCUGCCCCAAAGCCUUCUACCUGAAGCACCAGCUGAGCGCGCAUCUCCGCCACCACGAGGGCAUCCGCCCCUUCUCCUGCUUGGGCUGCGAGAGCAGCUUCUGCAGCCGGGCCGAGCUGGCGGCCCACAUCAAGAGCCACGCGGAGGGCCACCGCCCCCAGCCCCAGCGCUGCGAAGACUGCGACAAGACGUACUCGAGCCACAAGCAGCUCCGCCGCCACCAGCGGCGCCACGGGCACUUCGCGUGCGAGGAAUGUGGCGAGACCUUCACCCUGAAGUUCAAGUACUUCUACCACAAGACUUUGCACUUGGGCCCUUGCAAGCGCUGUGGGGCCGUCGGGGCCCAUUUCUGCGAAGGUGGGGUAGCGGCCAGUCAGGGUUUCGGGAGCGCGGCUGUCCGAGAGGAAUCUGCACGUGGGCCUCCAAACGCAGCGGCAGACGGGCCCUCCUCAGACGCGGGCGCCAGCCCCGGCCGGCUUCCAGAACGUUCCGACGCUACCCAGGCAAGGAUUCGGCCUCCCGGCUCUGACAGGCCCUCGGCCGAAGGCAGUCUCCGAUACCCACGUGAGGGGGAAACUCAGAAGCAGACCAGCAGCGCAAUCCAGGCACGGACUCUUGCCAUACUGGAGACGUUGGUGCUCCCAGCUCCAACGGCGGGAGCACCCACGAUGAUCCUCGGCCCUGCCCGGGCUAAACGAUCCGCUGGGAUUUCCUUGGACCCUGUUCUUUUCACAUUGCCACCUCCAGCCGGAGACAACCCUCCACCCUCCAUGACAACGGUGAUCACGACCACGGUGACUGGACCCUCGGCACCCACGGUCUCUGUCUUCCAGCAGCUUCCGGCAGGGACCCUCCUCCAAAACGGUCCCGUUCCUUGCCCUGUGAACUCGGUCCACACCGUCGCUAGACCCGUGGACACAGCUCAGUCUGGUUCCUGGCCGGGAGACCCCGUAACGCUGAGGCCCGUCUCCCAAGCCUCCAUGGCUUUUCCUGUUCCAGCCGUGGCUCCCCCUAUUCUGGUCCCCUUGGGAGCCUCAGACCAGGAGCCUUACAUGGUCGUUCUCAACAACGCAGGGUCAGCCCUACCCUCUGGCUCAAGCCCGGUGGGAAGAGCUGCAAAUAAAGAUCUGAUACUGUUGCACCCAGGACCGUUGCCUGCAGGCACGAAAAUCAUUAUGGAGCUCCCAGUUCAGAAGAUGGUGCCCAGCCUGAUGGCCCAGAUUUGCCCGUUCUGCCAGACCGAGUAUGUUGGAAAGCACCAUUGCAAGCUGUCCCACACUGGACCAGCAAGAAGGGAUGAAGAGGGACCCGUUAUCAUUGACCUGGAGGCAGAAGAGGGUGACCUCCUGGUCCCCCAGCAACCUCCCCCGGUUCAGCAGGCUGAGCGGGAAGCGCCGACCAAGACCUACAACUUCCGCAAGGCCCGUUCCCAAGUGACGUAUGCCGACCCAGGGGAAGGGGACCUGAGCGAUGUGGGAGAGGACUCCGAGGACAACUGGCGAAAGGAAGAUUCCAGUGCGACGGAGACGCUGAGUGAGUCGGAAGAGGACGAGGUGCCGCUCGCCGGCAGCACACAGAGGAAGCGCCUCGGGCCACCCCCGCGCAGGGAGAGGGAAGAGCGGCCCGCCAAGCGGCGCCGAGACCGCUACAUGUGCAGCGUCUGCGACAAGCGGUUCGUCUACCACCGCUCCUUGAAGCAGCACAUGCGCCUCCAUUACGCCUUCUCCUGCAAGCAGUGCGGGGCCUCCUUCCUCCGGAGCGAGCACCUCAACUGGCACAUGCACAGCCACGAGAAGGGAGCCACCGCAUGAGAGGGCCGGCCGGCCCCAGCAGCAGCUUGCUGGGAGAAACUCAACGCCUUGGGUUUCUCUCCUGAGCGGGAGCGGGGUGUGCCCCCUCCGAUUCUGGAAACCCGCUGUGGCUUCCUCACAAGACCACUUACUACCUCUAAAACCAACAUCUCGUAGCUCAGGGAAGGCCUUUGUGUCUUGGAAUGCUGGUUUUUGUUUUUGUUUCGUUUCCCCUCCCAUUUUAUUGGCGGCUUUUCAUUGGGGUGCGGCACGCCCGCCGACAAUUCGCGGAUGCAAACCGAGACGUGGUUUUAACGCCGCAAAAUGCUCUCGGCUUUGCUUGUUUACCGUACAGCGGCUUGUACAGCUUGAGCUACAAGCCAAGCAGGUGGUCUGUCUUGACGCUUGAAAACAUAAUUCCAAAAUAUUACCUCAGCAGCUGCCAUGUGCAAAAGGCGGGCUGCACGAGGCGGGUCCGUGCUAGAAAUGGGGCAUUGGUUUUCCAUUUGGCGAUCUAACUCUUAGAGACGCGGCAGAGAUUGCUGGCAACCCCGGCCAUAUGCACAAAUGAAAUGUUAAGAAGAGUUUGCCAAAAGGCAAAAACAGAGACGGGGACUGACCAGGACUAAAAACCAGAAAAUAGGAACUGUCUCUCAUUAACUGGGAUAGUUGGUGUAGGCAUGAAGGUAAUGCCAAGCUGACUGAAGAGAGAAGAAUCUGUACUCCUUGGCCAACUUCACACAACCAUUUGUAUCUAAGUUUAAUGUGGGUUACUGACAUUAGCUUGGUUGUGUGAACCCACGCCGAGGUGGCUUAUGGCCCAAGAUCAAUCUGAGAUUCCCACCCUGGCGUGGUUUCACACCAUCAUGCUAAUGUUGGCAACCCACACUGAACCUAAAUCCAAAUGACACUAUGAUCUUGUUUGAUCCUGGACUACUUUGGGGAAGUGUGCCUGUUCUAAGGAUUGCCAGCCCUCUCAGAUUGGUCUCCAAGAAGUGGCAUUCAUCUCUAGUAACUCUGCAAAGCAAUCCUGUGGAUGUUCAUGCCUUGAUACUGGUGAAGGGAGGAGAAACUUCAGGAAUAGCUUUGGUCAACCAUUAGCCUUAUGGACAAAAUCUCUGCUUAACAGGCACCAAAGUUUAGUGCCAGAAUACUCCAAAGAUAUAGUUUACAAGUACGUCCUGCUGCUGAUAUUCUCUGGGGUUUAACUUAAAAGGCACAAAUGCAUCAGGUUCGGGGGUUUUAAAAAAAGUAUUUAAAUGCUAUCCUUUGAAAUUAUUUAAUUCUAAAUAUUGGCGGUGGAAGGGGCACCCAUAUGUUUCCAUAUUGUACCUCUGUUCAGGGGUGUCCUCAGGGGUUUCUCCCUUCUGCAGCAUUGAGAGGGUUG